AUGGCGAAUCAGCUGCGGUACUUCACGGCGGCGGGGCGGCCGGCGGGCGAGCUCGCGCUGGGCGCCCCCAUCGCCGCCCUCGUCCCCAUCGCGGAGACCGCGGACGGGGCCGCGCGGGCCCUCGUCGUGGGGCUCCGCCGGGGCGAGGUCCGCGUGUAUGUGGGGACCGUCCUCCGCCACGUCAGCCAGGUCUACGGCACCAUCACCGCGAUGCGCUACGGCCGCUACGGCCGCGAGGAGGCCGCGCUGAUGGUCGUCCUGCAAAACGGCUCCCUCAUCGUGCAGAUGUUGCAUCGCAGCGUGAGCUUGGACCCCGCCGCGGCGGCCUCGAUCGUCGAGCCGCAAACGGAAAGGCCGAGCACGGGAAUGCAGCCGCCGAGGCUGAGCGCCGUCUUUGCCCUCCAAACCGAGCGGGAGAAGAAGUACGGGAUGGAGAUCUACCACCAUUACCACCACGACCUUUGCAGUUUGCGGCUUCUCACGAGUCAGUCUUAUCUUUCGUGGAUUUCACUUCCGUCGAUGGCGAAUCGAAUCCCCGCGGGGUCGUGCGCGACGUGUGGAACCGUCGGCCCCGCCGAUCUGACCGCAACGCUGGGAGAGGGGGGAUCAGGCGUUUGCCUCUAUACCUCGGUCCAAGGACUCGGUCCUGCGUUUAAAGUUAAGGGAAUCCUGCGAAAUAUGCACGACACCCCACUCAAAGGACUUCUGGUUAUCUUUUCAGGCGAUCAAUCCAUUUAUGACAUUCCGAAUUUUUCCUUUCGAGUCCCGUAUUUGCUUCCGAAGGUUGAGCACCCCUGUGAGGUUUUUGUUGAGUUAAAGGAAGGGGAGACAAAGGGGGAUGGGAUCACCGCUUUGGUAAUCCAAGAAAACUCAUCUCGAAUUUUGUAUAGUAUCUUGAUUGACUUGCCAGAGGCUGCCUUAAUUGAAACCCUGUAA